UCAGAGUGUUGGGGUUCUCCGGGGGCUGGCUAUAUAAAAGUUCCACUUAGAGUUUUAACUAUCAAUCUUUGAAGACACCUAACCAACAUGGCCAGAACCAAGCAGACCGCUCGUAAGUCCACCGGUGGCAAAGCCCCCAGGAAGCAGCUCGCCACCAAGGCUGCCCGUAAGAGCGCCCCGGCCACCGGCGGCGUGAAGAAGCCCCAUCGUUACAGGCCCGGGACCGUGGCCCUGAGAGAGAUCCGUAGGUACCAGAAGUCCACCGAGCUGCUGAUCCGCAAGCUGCCCUUCCAGCGCCUGGUGAGGGAGAUCGCUCAGGACUUCAAGACCGACCUGCGCUUCCAGAGCUCCGCCGUCAUGGCUCUUCAGGAGGCCAGCGAGGCUUACCUGGUCGGUCUGUUCGAGGACACCAACCUGUGCGCCAUCCACGCCAAGAGGGUCACCAUCAUGCCCAAAGACAUCCAGCUGGCCCGCCGUAUCCGCGGAGAACGCGCCUAAACGGACCUACUUCCAAACACCCAAACGGCUCUUUUCAGAGCCACCUACUUAUUAUAAAGAACCAUCCCUAUAUACUUAGCCAUAAUGCAUCACCACUAUCACACAGACUUAAACUAAGAACUAUUCAAAUAAUUGAGACGGAUAUUAAAUGAUAUGCAUGUUAUGUAAAGAUUGCAACGCAAA